AUCGGCUCGAAUCUCAUAGCUUUUCCAUCAGUCACCGAAUCAGUUUCACGCAGAAAAGUGGCUGGGGGUGGUGAAAAACAUCAGCAAAAAAAGUGUUGGGUGCUAGUGUCCUCGGUGUUUUUACGCGGAAUAUUUAUAUUUUCCCACUCUUUGACCAAAGUACGAACUUUGCACAAUUGUUCCGGAGGCGUAAAAUGUUCUAAUCAAGUCUGAACGUUGCGGAAACCCCGCCAAUCAAAAGUGCAAGAGCUGCUGCUUAACGCAUGACUGAACCAGCAGAAAGCCCUACCAACUACAUAUGGACUUAAUUAGAUAGUCUACGCGAAGGAGAAAAAGACAAACCCAAAGUCUAGGAAAAAACAACGACGCAACAUCUAAUCGUGCAAAAGUUGCAGCUUAGGGUGGCUUAUCGCCCCAUCGAUAUACAUACAUAUAUUAUCACCAGACAGCAGCAGUUGUAGCUGUGCAAGGCAGAUAACGCAAAUCACAAAGGAAGUAAUGAGCGGAGGAGCAGUCAAAACCGACCCCAGGGGGUGCAUCUUCCCGUUGCUUUACUCGCUGGGGUCAUUUGGAUUGGCCUGCGCCAGUUUGUGGGAAUUGAAACCCUCCGAUAGGAUCACGGUGCAGCGGGGUGCGCUUCUUAUCAGUUUGGGCUUCGUGUACUUCAUAGCGCUGACCGAGUUCCUCAACAAGCUGAUACUACGAACCACGGUGGGGUUGAGCUUCGUCAAAAAGUAUAGAUUGAGGAUUUCCGAUGUUUUGGAUAUCACGAACAAAAUCGUGUCGGCCAUUCAGGCAAUGUUCUCGUGCGUGGCCGGGUUCAUCGUCUGCCGAUGGUCGUGUCCGUUGAACUUCCUGCAGGCGUCACAUUUCCUGUCAGAAUCGUAUGCAUGGUUUGCCGCUUCAUACUUUUUCUACGACAUCUGGUCCAUGUACAAGGUGUACGCAGCGGAAACGUCCAACCGCAUAAUGACUACGUUGGGAUUGGCCACUGCAAACAAUGGCGUACCCAGGAAUGGCAAAUCUAGCAACGGAACGGACGCCCCGGAUCAGAAAGCCACUGAGGUGCAAGCCCUGAGUGACAUUCCGAGCAUUAGCAAUGGAACUUUGAGCAUUUUGUCGGCGGGCAAGAUGGGCAUCCCAUCGUUCGUUCGCUAUAUGAUCUCGCACAAACUUAUGGUAUUCCAUCAUCUGUUUAUUGGGUCCUACGGUUUAGUAGUUAUUGCGUAUCUUCGCGGCGGAUUGGGAGAUUGCGUGUUCAGCUUCAUGUACAUGAUGGAGCUUUCGACGCCAUUCGUGUCAUUCCGUGGCAUUUUGAGUACUUUGGGUCUGAAGGAGAGCAAAAUGUACGUGAUCAAUGGAUUGGUUAUGCUGUUUUCGUUCUUCUGGUGCAGAGUAUUUCUGAUGCCGUAUGUUUGCUACUACUAUAGUCAGGUUGUGAAUCUUCCAUUUUUCGAGGCAAUUUGGCGUCUCCCACGUGGCUGCAAGAUUAGUAUAUUGGCCCUGUUCCUGCCACAGCUAUACUGGUUCCGACUGAUGCUUAGAGGGGCUAUCAAGGUUUUCUUCAAAAACAAAAAGUCCGCUGGAAACAAUGCGGUAUCAAACGGAGCAGCUACCAACGGAACCGGUAUGAAGCCAUCGCAAUCCAAAGACAGUGAGAUAAGAUCGUUAAUGUAAGAAAUAAACAACUAUUCUAUCAUUCUUGAUUUUCUAACUGUUCAAUGUUAAUUUAACCAUGCUAUGUGAUGGAAAACAAUAAGCAGAAACGGUCUUUAUAUAAAUUCAUAAUUAUUUUUUCUGGAUACUGGAGUCAGCUAGAAUAGUAUGGGUUUUGAAACACAUAGAAUAGCAUGGUUUUCUUCAUACCAUUAGGUUUAAACCAAACUUCCCUCUAAUCUGACUAGUCAUAGACGUUAAAAGCACAUUUGCAUCCCAUGUGUAAUUUCCACCCAAAAGCAAAUGUGCACACUAAAAAAGCUAAUUGAAAAUCAACCGAGAGUCCAGUUCGUUAGUUGCUGGAAGUCAUUAGUGGCUUCGUCAUCGGGGCAUUUUACUAGCGGUACAAUUAAUUUCUUAAAGGGAAACAUUACCUUAAAGUCUACACAUACUUUCCGUUACAGUACUAAAAUGGCAAGAAUGGUAUAUUUAUCACUUGCUUAUUGGAACUUAUACAAUGCAAUAGAUGAUAGAUUUCUUACAGCUGUUAGUAUAUUAAUUGAAUUAGAACAAAUUCUGCAACGACUAUUCGGAACAAAAACUAAUAGGUUGCUAAGUAAAAUUAUUAUUCAUCUAAACUUCGGUAAACUUCUAACCCAACCACCGUCAAGUAGUUGGCUUCUCAGUGUAACAAUUAUUUGCAAAACGUAGCAUUUCGCGACAGCACGUGGUUGACGGAGAUAUCUAAAACUCAAAACUAUUGAAUAUCAAUGUGAAAGGAGCUUUCAUUUUUUUUAGAAAUAUACACGUUUACAAAAUAUUUGGACGUAUUUUUAAUCGUAAGUGUGCAACCCGAAGAGCAUUUGCGUAGAAGGCAUACACUGGGAAGAGCGGAGACAAUUCCGAGUAGGUAAUAUAGAUAAGAUAGCCAUUAUACACACCCGGCGCAGUUGUUUAUUGCCUGUUGAUCGAAACCUAGAACGCUAUACUAGAAUGAUACAAAUUGAAGCCAAAAAAUGUAGAAUUUACAGUGAUGAUGAUCGGAACUUAUACGCUGGCUGUCAAUCCAAAGCCCACCUUACCCCACAUGCGAUGCCCUCUUCCAACAAAACGUAAAUGUACUCAAAACAUAAUAUCGAAUCAAACGACAGAUUAAAUCAUCAGUGUCUAAUCAAACCGAUCAUCAUGCAGUGGAGGAGGGAGAAGUAAAACAUUGUAAUUGUUGUAUACAUGUUAUAUAUUGGAAGCCACCCGUGAUGUUAAAUGUUAAUAAGGGAGAAACAAAUGUUUAGGAGAUUGUAUAUUUUGAGUCUAACGGAAACAGAACACUAUUGAUAGUAACAAGAAUUUAUCACCAAGAACAAACAAUAUACCGAAUUGAAUCAAACUAACCGAUGUUUCGUGUGAACAAUGCCAGAUAUCGGUAAUAAAAUUGACUUUCAUCAGAUGGAAA